AUGAAUGAACCAUUUGAGACCAUCAUGGAGGUGAAGGAAGAUUUUAUGGUUUCACCUGCUGGUGAUAGUGAACCAACUUUUAGAACUGCCCAUUUUCUGAAACCCAUUGCAAACUUCACUGAUGGACAAGUCUGUGAGAUUCUUUCAUCCUCUGUGACUGUGUUACCCAUGUUUGAACACAAGGAGAGGCCUUUAGCAAUCCAUUUCAAUGGGUGGCCCCAAUCACCAAAGAAAUGGAUUGGGUGGGUGGAUACCCUUCAUCCCAGGUAUGAAUCAGUGUGGAAGAAAGCUGGCAUCUUUGAAGCUAUCAUGAGCACCAAGUGCUGCAUUGUGAAAAAUCAAGACUUGGCCAUUGGGGUUGCAGAGAAGUGGUGUUCUAAGACAAAUACAUUUGUGUUUCCAUGGGGUGAAGCAACAAUCACGUUGGAGGAUGUGAUGGUUUUGGGAGGCUAUCCUGUUCUUGGUGAACCUGUUUUCACCGCACUUGAAAGCCAGGAAAUGAGAGAGAUAGAAGAAAGAUUGGUUCUGGCAAGAAUGGAGCCUUGGAGAAGAAAAAAAACUAAGGCUUCCACAGCAGAAUGGAUGAAUCUUUUCAUCAAUAGUGAGUUUGAUAUUGAGCAUGAAGCAUUCCUUGCAACUUGGUUGUCCAUGUUUGUUUUUCCUGAUAAUGGAUUGGUAAAAAAGUCUGUGUUCCCUAUUGCUGUUCAUCUUGCAAGAGGGAAUCCCAUUGCUUUGGCACCAGCAGUAUUGGCUGGCAUAUAUAAGGAUCUGGAUUUGUUGAAAACAACAAUGGUUGGUUUAACAAAAAAUCCAGCACUCGGUGAUAAAUUGCAUUUGGAGGUUACUCUUCAGUCACCCAUGUACUUUGUUCAAGUUUGGGUGUGGGAGAGGUUCAAGAAUUUGCAACCAGAGCCCGAGUUGAUCAACAAUGGAGACCCUAUGUUGGGUAGGUGGCACAAGGUCAAGGCCUUGAAAACUGACAAUGUGAGAUUGGCACUAGACUCAGCUAAGGAGGAUUUUCUUUGGCGCCCAUAUGUUAGAUAUGCUGAUAAAUACAGGUUGUUUUAUCCGGAAAAUGAAAUUUGGGUAUCAUCUGAGACCAAUUUGGAUAAAGAGCUAGUCUCUUAUGUUACAUGCUUGAGAGCUUCGGAGCUUGUUGGAAUUGACACUAUUAUAAAGCAGUACCUCCCACAUAGAGUUGCUAUGCAAUUUGGAAUGGAUCAAGAUGUUCCUGGUUGUGUGCCUAGAUUCAAUGAGACCAAAGCCGUUGCAUGGGAAAAUUACUGCAGGCCCAUAUCUGAUGGGAAUUUGUAUUUUCCAUGUAGGCUUUUUGAGGCAGAUGUUACCACACGUUAUGCAUGGUGGUGGAAGCAAUCAGUAUUGGGUCAUCAGGAUCCUGUUAAGAAUAUUGUGCGGCGGAAGAGAAGUGCAAGAUCAUCAAAACGUAGGCCUCAUUCAUCAAAAGCAAACAGAAGUGGAAAUGAUGCUGAUGUUCCACCUGGGUUUCCUCCCAAACUUGUUAGCACUGUGAUUUUUGGAAAAUCUUAUGGUGAUAGUUCAGAAACUAGGAAGGGUGAUAGUGAUGCUGGUUUUCUUCCUAAAUAUUUGAAAACUGUUCCUCCUGGAAAUUCUUUUCAUGAUGGUUUGAAAGGAAAAGUAAAUAUUGGUGGUGUUGUUCCAACAAGUUUUUCUCCAAAACAUAACACUCUGACUCCUUGCAUUUCUGUUGAGGACUGUAAGCCUGUCUUGGAAGAAAACAAGUGUGGUAGCAUAACUCUCGGUUUGGGUAAGCAUUUGUCCAACCAAUGUUCUUCAGCCACUGCUGCAGAUUAUGAAGAUGUUAAAAACAUAUUACCACUGACGAAGCCAGUUGCAAGGGAUAACAUUACACCUUCAGUGGGGGAUUUGAAGGAAAAUCUUGAAGAUGCAAUUGGGAGCAAAGAAUCAAUGAUGUCUAUUGACAGGGUAAACCCUUUUGGGACUCAAGGUGAAAGGUGUGGCUGUGUAUGUGAAAUUAAAGUAAUGGAACUUGAACAGAGAAUUAGGAGACUCGAGGGAGUGAUAACAAAAUUAAAGAUAGCAAGGUUUGGCCACAGUUAG